AUGGCGUCGCGCCCCCGCCGCGAGUUCCUCUGCUCGGACCCCCCGCCGCCCCGCGGCCUCUUCGCCCACAGCCACAGCCACCACAGCCUCAGCAGCAGCUACAGCAGCCACAGCACCGCGUCCCUCUCGAGCAGCAGCUCCUCGAGCCGCACGCCCCACGCGCGCUCGUACUUCAGCUCGAGCGGCGGCCCGCACCGCUCGCCGCUCGAGUCGUCGGCCGCGAGCUCGUCGUCGACGGCCGACGGGCGCCAGGAAGACGACCACGCGCUCGUGGCGCUCGCCACGGCCGCCUGCGCGCGCGUCGAACACGCGCGCGCGACGUUCGCCAGCAGCGCCGGCUGGAAAGCGCGCAGCGAGGGCGCCGGCGUGCGCGUGUUCGAGCGCCGGGGCGCGACGUUCGACGUGGCGGCGUCGACCGCUCUGCCCUGCAGCGCCACCGAAGUGCUCGAGCUGCUCUCGAGCCGCAACAGCGACGACUUUAACGCGUCGAUGGUGGCGCUCGCGGGCGACGCGUUCGCGCACGCCGUGACGCUGCGCGAGGUGCCGACGCCGGCGUCGCCCGACGUGCACCUGUCGGUCAAGCGCGUGACGUUCGCGGGCGCGCUGCCGCUCGUGUGCCGCGCCAAGACCGUCGAGCUGCUCGACUUUGUGCAGGUGGACCGCCGCGCGCGCACGGCGAUCCGCACGUUCCACACGCUGGCGCGGGACGCCGACGGCCGCCGCGGGCGCGCGGGCGACGUGCUCGCGGGCUACGUGCUUACGGAGCAGACGGCGCUGCACCAGACGGCGGUGUUUUACUACGGCUCGUGCGCGCUGGCGGCGACGACGCCCGGCAAGGGCCUGCGGAAAGCUGCGACGGCGCAGGCGCUGCUGAAGCUCGCGCGGGCCAUUCCGAAGAUGGGCGAGAUCAGCGUCCGCCGACGCCUCGGGGCGGCCGACACGGCGGACGCGGCCGACGACGUCGCCGACGGCAGCUGUGCGGGCUGCGGACAGCUCGUGAAGGGGUCGCUGCUGCGCAAGAAGAAGCACGUGUGCUACAUCUGCAGCCACCACGUGUGCGGCUCGUGCGCCAAGGCGCAGGACGUCGAGACGCUGAUUGGCGUCAUUGAGCGCGCGCGCGUGUGCUGCAUGUGCAUUGCUGCGGCGCGGCACCGCGCGUUCGAGACGCUCGAGCAGCUACAGGACCGACCCGUGUACUUGCUGCGUCCGAGCGCGAUGAGUGACUUGAGUGCGACGUCGACGGCAGUGGACUCGACGGCGUCAUACGCGCGCGUGGCGGUAGCUGCCAGCGCACGCGGGUGA